GCGCAGUGUGGGGCGCGGGGCCGGGCCCGCGGUCUCGGCGGCAUGGAGCUGCUGUCGGCGCUGAGCCUGGGCGAGCUGGCGCUCAGCUUCUCGCGGGUGCCGCUCUUCCCGGUCUUCGACCUCAGCUACUUCAUCGUCUCCAUCCUCUACCUCAAGUACGAGCCAGGAGCCGUGGAGUUGUCUCGGCGCCACCCUGCAGCCUCCUGGCUUUGCGCUAUGCUGCACUGCUUUGGCAGCUACAUCCUGGCCGACCUGCUCCUGGGAGAGCCGGUGAUCGACUACUUCAGCAACAACUCCAGCGUGCUGCUGGCCUCUGCCGUCUGGUACUUGAUUUUCUUCUGCCCGCUGGACCUGUUCUACAAGUGUGUGUGCUUCCUGCCCGUGAAGCUCAUCUUCGUGGCCAUGAAGGAGGUGGUGAGAGUCCGCAAGAUCGCCGUGGGUAUCCACCACGCCCACCACCACUACCACCACGGCUGGUUCAUCAUGAUCGCCACAGGCUGGGUCAAAGGCUCUGGGGUCGCCCUCCUGUCCAGCGUGGAGCAGCUGCUCCGGGGCGUGUGGAAGCCGGAGACCAAUGAGAUUCUGCACAUGUCCUUCCCCACCAAGGCCAGCCUGUACGGUGCCAUCCUGUUCACCCUGCAGCAGACGCGCUGGCUGCCCGUGUCCAAGGCCAGCCUCAUCUUCCUCUUCACCAUGUUCAUGGUGUCCUGCAAAGUGUUCCUCACAGCCACUCACUCGCACAGCUGUCCGUUCGACGUCCUGGAGGCCUACGUCUGCCCCGUGCUGUUUGGGGGUUCCUGGGGUGGUGGCGACCAUCACCAUGACAACCACGGGGCCGCCCACAGUGGUGGCGGUGUCCACGGGGUGGGGCCUGGCCCCCAGCAUUCCCCACUGCCCAGGUCCAAGGAGGAGCUGAGCGAGGGCUCCAGGAAGAAGAAAACCAAGAAGGCGGAUUAGGGGGUGUGGGGAGGGGAGCAGCCCCACACCCAGGACCCCUCCCCCCGUAGGGACGGGAUGGGGAGCCUCCUGGCUGGAGAACUCCCCUGUGAGUGGCCUUCGCCUCCUGCUCCCCACCUGACCUGAUGUGGGGUUCAGUGGCAUGAAGGACUUCCAUGGGAAUGGAGUCUCUCUCUGUCACUCGCCCCCCUCCCCUCUCUCCCCCUCUCUGU